GCAAGCGGGACCCGGUGGUGGAUGCGAUUCCGCCCGACUCCAGCCUCCGGGAGCACCCCGGCGCCGCAGGCAGCAGCAGCAGCAUCGUCCUCCUCCUCCUCUUCCUCCUCCUCCGAAGCCUCGGCGCCGGCACCUGGGCAGCCUGGACCUUCGUGCCCUGUCCCCGGGGCCUCGCGCGAGGGGCGCCCCGGGACACCCCCGGAGGAGGAGGAAGAAGAAGAGGAGGAGGAGGAGGAGGAAGAAGAAGAGGUGGUGGUCCAGGUGGUGGUGGCCCAACCGCCGGACCCCUGCCCCAGGAAGAACACCUGCCACUGGUCUUGCAGGAGGCGGACCCGAGAGCUGCCCACCAGAGUCAUGGGGGGCUGCGAAGUGCGGGAAUUUCUUUGGAAAUUGGGGUUCUUCUUGCCUCUGCUCACGGCAUGGCCCGGCGACUGCAGUCACGUCUCCAAUAACCAAGUUGUGUUGCUUGAUACAACAACUGUGCUGGGAGAGCUAGGAUGGAAAACAUAUCCAUUAAAUGGGUGGGAUGCUAUCACAGAAAUGGAUGAACAUAAUAGGCCUAUUCACACAUACCAGGUGUGUAAUGUCAUGGAACCAAACCAAAACAAUUGGCUUCGUACAAAUUGGAUCUCUCGAGAUGCAGCGCAGAAAAUUUAUGUGGAAAUGAAGUUCACACUAAGAGAUUGUAACAGCAUCCCCUGGGUCUUGGGAACUUGUAAAGAAACUUUCAAUCUGUACUAUGUGGAAUCAGAUGAGUCCCAUGGAAUCAAAUUUAAACCAAGCCAAUAUAUCAAGAUUGAUACUAUCGCCGCAGAUGAAAGCUUUACGCAGAUGGAUUUGGGUGACCGCAUUCUCAAACUCAACACUGAAAUUCGUGAGGUGGGCCCUAUUGAAAGGAAAGGAUUUUAUCUGGCUUUUCAAGACAUCGGGGCAUGCAUUGCCUUGGUAUCCGUUCGUGUUUUCUACAAAAAGUGCCCCUUUACCGUUCGCAACUUAGCCAUGUUUCCUGACACUAUUCCAAGAGUUGACUCUUCCUCUUUGGUUGAAGUAAGAGGCUCUUGUGUGAAGAGUGCAGAAGAGCGUGACACUCCUAAACUAUAUUGUGGUGCUGAUGGAGAUUGGCUGGUUCCUCUGGGAAGAUGUAUUUGCAGUACAGGAUAUGAAGAAAUUGAGGGUUCUUGCCACGCUUGUAGACCAGGAUUUUAUAAAGCAUUUGCUGGGAAUACAAAGUGUUCUAAAUGCCCUCCACACAGUUUAACCUACGUGGAAGCAACUUCUACCUGUCAGUGUGAAAAAGGUUACUUCCGAGCUGAAAAAGACCCACCUUCAAUGGCAUGUACAAGGCCACCUUCCGCUCCUAGGAAUGUUAUUUUUAACAUCAACGAAACAGCACUUAUUUUGGAAUGGAGCCCACCAAGUGACACAGGAGGGAGAAAAGAUCUCACAUACAGUGUAAUCUGUAAGAAAUGUGGCUUCGACACCAGCCAGUGUGAAGAUUGCGGUGGAGGACUUCGCUUUGUUCCAAGACAUUCUGGCCUGACCAACAGUUCUGUAAUAAUACUUGACUUUGUGUCUCACGUGAAUUACACCUUUGAAAUAGAAGCCAUUAAUGGAGUUUCUGAGUUGAGUUUUUCUCCCAAGCCAUUCACAGCUAUUACAGUGACCACAGAUCAAGAUGCACCUUCUCUGAUAGGUAUGGUAAGGAAGGACUGGGCCUCCCAAAAUAGUAUUGCCCUAUCAUGGCAAGCACCUGCUUUUUCCAAUGGAGCCAUACUGGACUACGAGAUCAAGUACUAUGAGAAAGAAAAUGAGCAGCUCACUUAUUCGUCUACAAGGUCCAAGGCCCCCAGUGUCAUCAUCAGUGGUCUCAAGCCAGCUACCAAGUACAUAUUUCAUAUACGAGUAAGAACUGCAACUGGAUACAGUGGCUACAGUCAGAAGUUUGAAUUUGAAACAGGAGAUGAAACUUCUGACAUGGCAGCAGAACAGGGACAGAUUCUCGUGAUAGCUACGGCAGCUGUUGGGGGAUUCACUCUCCUCGUCAUCCUUACUUUAUUCUUCUUAAUUACUGGGAGGUGCCAAUGGUACAUAAAAGCCAAAAUGAAAUCAGAAGAGAAGAGGAGAAACCAUUUGCAGAAUGGGCAUUUACGUUUUCCUGGAAUUAAAACUUACAUAGAUCCAGAUACUUAUGAAGACCCAUCCUUAGCAGUCCAUGAAUUUGCCAAAGAAAUUGAUCCAUCAAGAAUUCGCAUUGAGAGAGUCAUUGGGGCAGGUGAAUUUGGAGAAGUCUGUAGUGGGCGCUUGAAGACACCAGGAAAAAGAGAGAUUCCGGUUGCCAUAAAAACUUUAAAAGGUGGCCAUAUUGAUCGGCAAAGGAAGGAUUUUCUAAGAGAAGCUAGUAUCAUGGGUCAGUUUGACCACCCAAAUAUUAUUCGCCUAGAAGGUGUUGUCACAAAAAGAUCCUUCUCAGCUAUUGGUGUGGAGGCAUUUUGUCCAAACUUCCUGAGAGCAGGAUUUUUAAAUAGCAUCCAGGCCCCGAACCCAGUGCCAGCAGGAGGAUCUUUGCCUCCUAGAAUUCCUGCUGGUAGACCAGUAAUGAUUGUGGUGGAAUAUAUGGAAAAUGGAUCCCUAGAUUCCUUUUUGCGGAAACAUGAUGGCCACUUCACAGUUAUCCAGUUGGUUGGUAUGCUCCGAGGCAUUGCAUCAGGAAUGAAAUAUCUUUCUGAUAUGGGUUAUGUUCAUCGAGAUCUAGCAGCUAGAAAUAUAUUGGUCAACAGCAACCUAGUAUGCAAAGUUUCUGAUUUUGGUCUUUCCCGAGUACUAGAAGAUGACCCCGAAGCUGCUUACACAACAACUGGUGGGAAAAUUCCCAUUAGGUGGACAGCCCCAGAAGCCAUUGCCUACAGGAAAUUCUCCUCAGCAAGUGAUGCUUGGAGCUAUGGUAUUGUCAUGUGGGAGGUCAUGUCUUACGGAGAGAGACCUUACUGGGAAAUGUCAAACCAAGAUGUCAUUCUGUCCAUUGAAGAAGGGUACAGACUUCCAGCUCCUAUGGGCUGUCCAGCAUCUCUACAUCAGCUGAUGCUUCAUUGCUGGCAGAAGGAGAGAAAUCACAGGCCGAAAUUUACUGACAUUGUCAGCUUCCUUGACAAACUGAUCCGCAAUCCCAGUGCCCUUCACACCCUGGUGGAGGACAUCCUUGUGGUGAGUGGACUCCAUAGCCAGUGUCCAUCAACAGAGCUCUCUAAUUGCUCCAUGGCUAUAGAAGCAGGCAGAAUGCCAGAAUCCCCUGAAGUUCCUGAAUAUCCCUUGUUUGUCACAGUUGGUGACUGGCUGGAUUCUAUAAAGAUGGGACAAUAUAAGAAUAACUUCAUGGCAGCAGGGUUUACAACUUUUGACUUGAUUACAAGAAUGAGCAUUGAUGACAUCAGAAGAAUUGGAGUCAUACUCAUUGGACACCAGAGACGAAUAGUAAGCAGUAUACAGACUUUACGUUUACAUAUGAUGCACAUACAGGAGAAAGGAUUUCAUGUAUGAACAAAGAACUACAAGUACCUGUGUCUUGUGCCUCAGCAUUUCUAUAGUGAAAUAUAUCCUCUCUACUAUGCUUUCUUCAGCUUCUUCAAGCAUCACUUCACAAACUGCAGUCUCUUGUCCUUCAGACUAUGGACACACCUUUUGUUUAUGCUUCCGACAUGAAUUUUAAAAUCAUGCUUUAUGGUUCCUCUCUGAAUGAUGUAGGGGGGAAAGAUCCAGGUCCAGUGCAGAUUAUUACUGCACAAUGGAAAAUAACUCAGCAUGAAUGUGUAGCUUUAUAUAAUAAUAGUGUUUGGGACGUGUUUAUGGAUUUGACAUACAGGGAUUUGUUCAGGCAAAGCUUUUUUGAUUUUUUUUUUUUUAGAGUAUGAUGAAAGUUGAAAAAUAGUAGAAUUCUUACCAUGUUUUGUGAUCAAGUAGCUUCCAAAUCGGCAUUAUUUUCAGACAAUUAUAAUGAUGUUUAAGGGUUUUAUCG